UGGUGAAUAGAAUUAAUAGUAAGGAACGGAUUUAAAACACACACUAAGCGGAGAAAGUCGAUAAUGAUUCAAUAUCGACUGGGGAUCAACGCUCUGCGACAUGGCCUCAUUCGAAUGUUCGCGCUGUUUUGAUCCCCAGAUGAUCGUCGCUUGUCCCGAUGUGCACCUGCCCUAUUCCCCUUUUUUGUUUUUGUUUACUGUAUACAUGCUGUUUACACUUUAACACAAUUCACCAUUCCCAUUUAACUCUUGAAAAACAAUAAAAAAAAUUGAAAUGGAAAUCGAGGAGGAUAAAUGCCUUAUAAAUAGUCUCCCUGAUGAGCUACUGGCAUUUUGCUUACAAAAUGUUGAUGCAUACCAUCUUCUUCAUGAGGUGCCGCGCGUUUGCACCAGAUGGAACAAGCUUGCAAGGGACCGGCUUGUUUGGAAGAAGACAGGCAUUUACUUUGAUGGGAGUCGGAAGAACGAUAAUUCCUAUGUGGGUAGCUUCAUCAAAUUGCUGAAUGAGGUUCCCUAUCUUGGUGUCUUAGAUAUUUCUGAAGUAGCAGUUAGAGUCAUAGAUGUAGCCUCUCAUGAUGAAUUUGAACCACGACUAACACAUGUAACGGAGACACUAAAUAGUGACUCAGGGGCAAACUUUUGUCGAAACAUUGGACUAUCUUCCCUCCACAGCAGUGCCUACUUUGAGGGUCUAUGUGAGUUGCUUUUGUCAAAUCAAAACACAUUAACUUGUGUCAAAUUGCAUGAUGUCCAACUUGGUCAUCCGUUGGAAUGGGCUGACUAUGGCAUGUUUUACGAGCUAGAGAAAAUGAAAAGUACUCUGUCCGGAGUGAUGGAAGCAGUAAAAAAUCUUCCAAAACUGAAGGAACUUACAUUGGUGUUCUGCGAAGUAUGGGAGUAUGGUGCAUUUAAACAGUGGUAUGAGGAAAUGGAUCGCAUUGUUUACACUGCAGUGCUGCAAAUAUUUUCUCUGAAAAGGCUGCGGCUUGUCCAUGCUAGACCUCUUAUAGAGUCAGUGCCCAGUCCUCCUCCUCAUAGUUUCUGGCAACUGAGUAGCCUGGAAAUAGUUGGAGAGAGUUACUUUAGUGACAAAUUAGCCGCCCAGUUUGUGUCUGCUGCCAGAGGCACCCUCAGAGUAUUCAAAUCUGGGCACGAACGUGUCCCCAGAACUAUGAAGGUCCUAGGACAGUGUGAAAAUCUGCAGGUCCUCGAUCUGCCAGGUCUAGAAAAUAAUAUAUAUCUGAAAGAUUUGAAAAAGUUGCAUUCACUCAAGAUCUUCUCACUUAGGGAAAAUUAUAAUGUGAAUGUCAAUGCUCAGUGUAUUUUAAAACUUAACUUUCUGAAAAAUUUGAGGAGGUUGGCUUUAAUAGUUGUUGGUGAUCCACAUGAAGCAGAUAUCAUACUGACCAUCAUCAGUCAAUGUCAGCAGCUCAGAACAUUUAUUUUGUCUGAAUAUCAAUUUCCACUGAGGCCACGACCAUUCAUUCAUUUGGCCCCAAAAGUUGUUAAGUCUAUAGUGGAUGGGGCUUUGCCUGAGCUCCACACAUUUGAUGUGCGUAGUGGUGCAGACAAGGAGGAGUGGAAGGAGCCACUCAGUGUCUUAAAGGAACAUCGCCCUUCAUUAAAUAUUCUUACUGAACCUGUUUAUUUGCGGUUGAGAAGCUAAGUUGGCUUAGCUUAUUGUAUCAAGUCAUUUAUUUGUUUCUAUUUUUCACCAUCCUUUGAAUUUGAACUGGUACAUUAUAUUAUUAUUGUAUCUAAGCCGAGCCUAUGUUUGAGGAGGUAAACAAUGAUCAAGGAAAGUACACUUUCUCAUAAAUAAAUAAUUUCAGAAACCUUCUAGCAAAAGUUAAGCAUGUGUAAUAGAGUCAUUAUUCAAUCUUGGGUGUAUUUACCAUAAUAAAGCUAUCGUUUUUCGCAGCUUAA